CAGAGAAACCCAUUAUUUUCUCAAGCUCGGGAGAUCUGCCACCAUGGAGUUGUCCACAAAGACGAGGAAGAAGUUCGGUGAUGAUGGAGGAUUUUGGGAAGAUUGGUAUGUCACAUACACCGUACAUGGCCAAACUUGUUCCCUCUGCUUAGUAAGAGAUUAUGACAAACACGAUAAUCUCAAUAAGGUAUCCUUCAUUCUCCUAGACCUUGGACUUGGAUUUAGGACUUUAUGCUUGCACAUAGAAACAACAAGUGAAACAGGUUUUCUUCGGAUAAACUCGACACAAUCCAUCCCGUGGACGAAGACAAACAGAACGGUUGAUGCACGGGACGAUGUUGUGGACACCAAGGUUUACUUGGAUGGCAAUGCAAACCAGAGGAAUGAUCUUAUUGUUUUGGAGUGCAAGAAAAAUAGCACGGAUCAUGAUGAAGAGACUAAUGUGGUCACUGUGGCACACUAUUUUGCUGAUAGUAGAGGAAGAGCUUUUAACAUAGAUGAUGAAUUAGGUAUUGGCCUUUCGGUUGUGGCAAAGGUUCGUGUAUCCAAUGGCCAAUUAGAUAUAACGGUGGAGGGUCCUGAGCAACACCCUGCAUCUGCAUUAUUUUGCAUGUUUGAUCAAGUCAAUAGAACAGGGAUUUGGAAGCCUACCAUGUGCCCUCAUUGUGCACAACCCAGAUCUUCUGCCUCUGCUCCUGCAGCAUGAUUUUGCAGGAACCCUAGAUGCAUGUCUAAGUUGUGUCUGCAUGCAACCUACUAGCUAGUGCUUUGUAACCUUUGUUUCUUUAAGUUUCCUUUCUUUGACAAUAAUAGAUAGAUUACAAGAGAGGAAAUUAAAGAGGGAUCUAUACUAAAGUGACCAAUACAGAAAUUUGGAGUUGUGGUAAUAAUACUCAUAAAAUUUUGUAGUAUUAAAGA